AUGGAUUCCGAAGCAGAAACUACAGUUGGAGGGAGUUGCCUUGUUUGGCAAGAACUCUCAGUGACCCUCGCAAGUAACAACUUCGGCAGCCAUGGCAAUGGUGGCUCGUCGACGGGGAAGUACUUGGUGAAUGGCCUCACUGGUCUGGCUCAAUCUCAUCGGAUCAUGGCUGUCAUGGGGCCUUCUGGCUCUGGCAAGUCCACUUUCCUCGAUGCCUUGGCUGGGAGGCUUACGAUGAAAGUUGCAAUGGCGGGGAAGGUGGAGCUGAUCAGCAGCUGCCCUGCAGGGAGUGGGACGACGAAGAAGAAGAUCAGAAGCUCUCCCGUCACCUGCAGAGAUGUGUCUUACGUGACACAAGAAGAUGUUUUCCUGGGGACGCUGACGGUGAAGGAAACCCUCAGCUUCGGGGCUCGCCUGAGGCUGCCGGGGCUGACAAAGACCGAGCUGGACGAGGUGAUCGAGGACACGAUGGCGAAGAUGGGUCUCGAGGAAUGCGCGGACACCACGAUCGGGAACUGGCACUUGAGAGGGAUAAGUGGCGGGGAGAGGAGGCGGCUGAGCAUUGGUGUAGAGAUAUUGGCGCAGCCGCUGGUGCUUUGCUUGGACGAGGCAACGACGGGGCUGGACAGUGCUGCGUCUUUCUUCGUGGUUCAGGCGCUGCGCAACAUUGCUCGCGAUGGCAAGAUCGUGGUUUGCUCCAUCCACCAGCCUACAAACGACGUGUUUCGCCUCUUUGAUGAUCUGCUGCUCAUCUCUUGUGGAGAAGCUGUUUACUUUGGUGAAUGCCAGGGUGCUGUCAAGUUCUUUGCAGAGUCAGGGUUCCCCUGCCCUACUAGAAGAAACCCGCCUGACCAUUUCCUCCGGUGCAUUACUCCGGAGUUCGAUCAAGUCCUAGCUGCUCUGAAGCAGACACAACGAAUGAACCAUGCCGUGAGAGCUCGCAGCAGCAGAUGGCUUGCUGAACGGGACAACCGCAGAGACCAGAGCAACCCUAGUGAAGAAGUACAAGUCGUCUACCUUCUCAGAGACUGCAACGAAAAAGAUUCAAGAACUCGCAUUACUACUCGCUGUAUGCUGCUUGAUUUUUUCGUUACAAAACCAUGUUACCAGCUGCAACCUUUUCAACUAGCUGACCACAUUUCCUUUUCAACACAGCAGGAGAAACAUGAUGAUGGAAGCCAGAGUAGCAGUGAAGUUGUACCUGUAAAGAGAAGACAGAUUGGCAAGAAGCAGCAUCAUCAGUGGUGGAGCCAAUUCCGCACAUUAACUCACCGCUCCAGCUUGCACAUGUGCAGAGACCUCGGCUACUACUGGCUUCGGAUCUUCUUCUACAUCAUGGUGGCACUCAGCACGGGUACCUUGGAGUUCGACAUUGGGACAUCUAGCGCGGCGGUCAUAGCAAGAGGCAAGGUAGACGGGUUCCUCUACGGCCUCAUGAUCUGCUUGUCCAUCGGCGGCUUGCCUUUCUUCCUGGACGAGAUCAAGGCCUUCCGUGGGGAGAGGGAGGGAGGGUACUACGGAGAGGCUGUAUAUGUGCUGUCUAACUUCCUCUCCUCAUUACCUUUCACCAUAUUCAUAUCGAUCUCAUCCGGAUCCAUACUGUACAGCAUGGUGAAGUUCCACCCGGGAUUCUCCCACUUGCUCUACUUCUGCAUCAACCUCUUCUUCUGCAUCUCGGUCUCAGAAGCCUGCGUCUUUGUCACUGCUUCUCUAGUAUCCAAUCCACUGCCAGCCAUGGGUACUGCAAUUGGUGUCACUGUACUCAAUCUAAUGCCAUCCAUUGUCUUCCGUCCACUACCAGACCUUCCUAAGAUCUUCUGGAGGUACCCUUUGUCCUACAUCAGCUAUGCAGCUUGGGGAACACAAGGGAAUCUGAAGAAUGACAUGAUGGGACUUGAAUUCGAUUCUGCAAUACCCGGACGGCCGAAGAUAACAGGCGAAUUCAUUCUGACAAACACUUACGGUAUGAACCUAAGGUACUCCAAGUGGCGGGAUGUCGCUGCUCUCUUCUGCUUGCUACUGGCUUACAGGGUGCUCCUGGUCUUUACCCUUCACUACAAGCAGAGAAUAUCAUCACCAUUCCGCAGAACUCAACCCAACAGAGGUCCCAAACCCACCACCAUUCAGCAAGCUUAACUGAAGAAUCGACAUUGGAACAGCAACCCGAAACGUGGAACAGCGAUGUAGGGCGUAGUAUGCUAAGUUGUUUGAACUGAAAUGACUGCAAAAAAAAUUGUGAACUUGACUGUGUGAUGCAAAAAACUUACAAGCUGUGGAAUGAAACGCCCCAAUCGGGCCUCGUCUUUUGUCUACAUUGCGAAUGCUGGAUGGACUUCUGAGCUCAUAAAAAACGAAACUUGAAAGCUAACCAUAUUAUAUCUGGGGUCUUGCCGCCUUAGAGAGCUUUCGAUUUCGUUGAUUUAGGGCUUGGUGGGUAAUCGGCCAUGAGUGACUUUGCGCCUAUUUCUGCAAUUUGGCUUCCCGCUCGAUUCCGUCAAUAGUGUCUUCGUCUCCGAUCACCGGCGACGCUUCCGCUUCAUUCGGCGCCAUAGUGAAAACAGAGAAAGGAGCAAAAAGGAGAGGGCCGAGCCCAAUGGGAAGACUUGAAAGGCC